AUCCAGCAUGCAAAAAAGUUAAUGACGGUCGUCAGUGCAGACAAUUUUGACAGUUAUGUGAUUGAGGGCUUUAAUGGAAUCUAAAACUUGUAUCUCAACUUUAUCUGCAGAAGACCUGCGGUUGCAUCUCCUGUCGACUAACAAACUGCCGGCUGGAAUUCCAGAAAAAUUGCUAGUUAUAGUUAAAGGCAAUUAUUCUCAACUGACAAGUCACUUGAAACUUUUUCAUGGCUUCCUGGCCUCAUGUAAAGAAAAAUGCCGACUACAUCUUCAAUGAAGUCGAAUGCCAGUUUAAGGUUGAAUGGUUGAAGAGUCAUCCGCCUGGAGGAGAUAAUGACACAGUCAUCAUUGAGUACAGCAAGGCGACUUUUGGGUAUCGCCAAAAAGAAAUCAAACAAACUCUGACUGAACCUGGUCUCAUCAUGAAAGAAUAUCCCCGCUUCAAGGACUUCCAAAAUGGAUCUCUGGUAGAAUUUCAGUUACUCUAUCCCGAUGCCAAGAACUUCGAAAAAGUCUUUAAAGAAAAAUUCUUAUUUAAAAUAUUGGCUCUGGCUAAUAAAAAAACAUUGACAUUCCUGACUGCCCUGACGAAUGUCUUAAGGCCGUUUUCGUGUUACUAAAGCUGACUCCAAGCAUCGUUAAACUCCGAAAAGUUAAUUUUCGUUUGAUUACGGAACGACUGAUAGUCUUUUUAAAGGAUAAUGCUGACUUGAUUCAAUUAAGCGAAACGCGAGACCCUCAUUUGAAGCAGCCAUUCAUCUGCUGCAUGGGAACGAUGGAAACUCCUACAAACUUCUGGAUUGUUAUCGAUCGUGAUAUAAUACUGUGUGGUAACGACUUUGCAACUGCUUUCGUUAACUUGUUUUGCUCGUUUUAUGCAUUUAAUUUAAAUUUCCCUCAGUAUUUGGAAUCAUUUUAUGGAUUUUUUGAGGAAUGCGUUUUCGAUAUUAAAAUUCCUUCUCCCUCAGUAACAGCCUUUAGAGCAUCCCUAGAAUGUUUAAGAGACCUACAAGGCUAAAUUGCAAUGCUAACACAAUCGAGCUUAAAAGUGAAUGGCGCCCACUUUUAUAAAAGUGGGCGCUUUCAAGCUUAUAAGCUUGAUUGUGUCAUCAUGUGCAAUGAUGUUUAUUUUUAAGUUGAGGUGUUCCAAAAAUGCAAAUACUGUUGUCUUAUUUUGUUCUCCUGUUCUUUAUAAUAACAAACUGGGUUUUUUAUGAUAAAAAAUUUGUUGUAUUUGUAUAAAUGUUGUCUUGCACCGUUGUAGUAUGCUCCUUCCCAUGGCCUAAUCUCAGAUGAAUACAGACUUCUGAAAGACA